AUGGAUGAGAUGGUUGGAAGAGGAAGAAAGGAGCGAGAGCUAAGCGUUCAAGUCUCUUCGACGUCGAACAUCAGAGAGCCAGAUCGAGACUUGUUGACCAUCGGCGCUGAAUUCACUGAGCGAAUCAGAGCCACCGCGUCUCCGAUCUUCGAGUACAAUGGAAGUGUCGUUGUGGCUAUGGUUGGGAAGAACUACUUUGCCAUCGCCUGUGAUCGUACGCUCGGUGUGCAGCUACAGAGAAUCGCCACCGAUUUCCCGAGAAUAUCCUGGAUCAAAGCUCGUGUCUUUGUCGGCCUUUCAGGUCUCACCACUGAUUUCUGA